AUGGUGUUAUUAGCAGUUUGUGAUGCUCAUUAUACUUUCACUGUGGUGGAUAUUGGCGGAUAUGGAAGAGAUAAUGAUGCAUCUAUUUUUGGUGAAUCAUAUAUUGGGCAAGUAUUUCAACAAGAAUUAAUCCAAUUGCCACAACCAGAGUCAAUCAAUGGCAUUCAACUUCCAUAUACCUUAGUCGGUAAUGAGAUAUUUCCACUAAAGGAAUGGUUAAUGAAACCAUACCCUGGUAGCCACCUAAUUUUGGAAAAGCGAAUCUACAAUUAUCGACAAUCAAGAGCUCGUUGUACCAUCGCAAAUACAUUUGGUAUCCUAGCAGCAAAAUGGAGAAUCUUUCGACGCCCCAUUCGUGCUACUCAAGAAACUGUUGAAAGAAUUAUUAAAGCAACUGUAUGUCUUCAUAACUACGUCAGGUUAACAGAUAAUGCACAUUAUGUACCAACUGGUUUUGUAGACAGUGAAAACAACAAUGGUGAAAUUAUUCCAGGAGAUUGGAGGGAUAUUGUUAAUAUUGCCAAUGAUACAAGCUUAGCAUUAAGAAGUAGGAACCACGUUAGUGGAAACAGAUAUACCUUUGAGGCUGAUACAGCACGAAACAAUUUCUUGCAGUAUUUUAACAGUAAAGAGGGUGAAUUACCUUGGCAAUUACAACAUGUUGAAGAUAACACUAGAAUAACUGAUUAA